AUGAAGCCCCGCCCACGCUCCAAAAACUCCGCCUCGGUUUCUAUGGCAACUCGGAUGCAGCGCCACCUCAGCCGAAGAGACGAGCAGCAGGAGCGGUACGAACUGCCCCGACUCGCCCCAGCGCCGCCUCUGCCGGUGUCCGCGUCUCCUUGGAGCCUCCUUGUUUGUUACGUCCGUGUCCCUUCGCUGCCUGCCGGCGGCGACCGCUGCUGCUGCUGCUGCUGGUGGCCAGCGCUAGCGCCCACGGGGUCGAGGCAGGGUCUUCCCUACCUUCGGACCACAUGGAGGCUGCCCUUGGGUGGGUACCCGCUGUCGGAGCGGGCAAGGCCCCAACCUCCCCCUGCAGCGAUGAAUUCCGCCUGCUUCUGGGGACGAGAUUUCCCGCCCUCCGGAGGCCCCUUGCGGAAGCCCCAUGCGUCCCCGUGGUUGGGGUGGUCCCUUGGCAGGUCGGACAUGUACGCGACCGCCGUGUCCAUGGUGGCUCUUGGGCAUGUGGCGGCGGCAGUGGCGUUGGCUGUGAAGAAAAAUGAAGCAGGAGAUGGCAUUUCAGGGGAUGAUAGCUUUUUUCAUGGAAGAGGAGAAGAAACAGAAACGGAAAUUGAACCAGAAUCUGACCUUGAUUAUGAUGAUGAUGAAGAAGAAGAGACAGAAGAUUAUGAAGAAGAAUGUAGUAAAGAACAAGAUUUAUUUAGUGAGGACUUAAACAAUAAUAAGAUUGAACGUAAAAUUGGUGUGCAAGAGUGGCCAGAUGGGUCUAGCUACAGAGGAGAAUUUGCGCUGGAUCUAAAACUUGGAUAUGGAAAAUUUGUGUGGGACAAUGGCGAGAAAUAUGUAGGACAAUUUUAUAAAGACCACCGUCAUGGCAGAGGAGUUUACUUUUGGCCUGAUGGUUCCAAAUUUGUAGGGUCAUUUUAUCUUAGCCGUAAAGAAGGCUAUGGAUCCAUGGAAUUUAAUGAUGGAAGAAGAUUUCAGGGGCUUUAUAAGGCUGAUGAACGCUUUGGACCAGGAAUUGAAACCCAUCCAGAUGAUAGCCAAGAUGUUGGUUUGUGGCAUCGAAGUCAUAUAAUUAAACUGUGUAUAGAAAUCUCUGGGUAUUUUACUCUUUCGGAUUUUCCAGAACUCAAUCUAUAUGUUGAUGCUGAGGCCAAGACAAAGUAUAUUUCAGAUGAGAACAAUACAAAGUGGGAUCUGAAUGAAGAGAAAGACCCAUUUUUCUAUAACUACAAACGUCUUCUCUUAAAUGAUGAUAGCUACACAUUGCCUGAAAACAUGUACAUAUACUCAAUUGAUGCAGAUCAUCUUCCUCUUACUCGCACCUUCCUGAAAGAGUUUGAUUUUCAAUAUUUUAAGAGAAGGAAAUGGUUAGCUUAUGAAAAACUAUGGCCUGUAAUGAAUAUAACACCUUUCUUGAUCAGGAUGCAGAAACACAUAUAUAGAUAUAGGCAUUGUCAGAAGGACAUGGAUUUGGACAUUAAUUGCAUUCUGGAAGGCCAUCGGAAUGGCUUUGGAACGAAAGGUCCCAAAGAGCUUGCUGCUGAGGAAGUGAUUGAGAAGUCAGCAGAAGGAGACUAUAAUAGAGUUUAUGAGCUUCUCAGAGACAACCUGGUCCACCCAGACGUAGCGGAUGUACAUGGAUAUACUGCCCUUGCUGCUGCUGCUUUGAAUUUCCAGGAUGACAUCAUCAACCUACUUCUUGAUAGUGGGGCUGAUGUGAAUAAAUGCAGUGAUGAAGGAUUAUCUGCUCUAGCUAUGAGCAUUAUUCAUUAUUUCCCAGCAGAAUCAUUUCAGUCCAAUAUUGCUGAAAGGAACAUUAGUAGAAGAGAGGCACCAGAGCCCAUAGAAGAUAUAUCUACAGGCUCUGUAAUAUUUUCGCAGUCAGAGGAAUCUCAAGAAUCUCAAGCAUGUACAGAAGUCAAAAGGUCUUCAACUGUCACCCAGGCAUCCCCUGCUGAACUCCCUACUGAAAAGGCAGAAUUUGGUAUGGAUGCUGAAACUAGAUCAUCAGAGGGUACAGAGGAAACUAACGGAAGAAAGAGCUCUGGGACAAUUGGUGGUGUUUACAAUUUCAAGAUUAAGGUUUCUGCAGAAACAAUGCAUCGUGGUGCUGUUGUUCUUAGCCACCACAUGUUAAAAGUAUCUGGCUUAGCUGACAAUGAUGAGAUUGCUCAGCAUGAAGGCGCCCUGAGAAGAAUGGCAGUAUCAAUAACAGAGCAGAAAAAGAGACUGGCUACAAUUGAAGUGCUCCUGAGAAGAGGUGCUGAUCCCAAUAUGUGCAGCAUUCCUAUGUAUUCCCUAUUCUUUGCUGUUAAGGCUGCAAAUCCAGUAGUAGUGAAAAUACUGUUAGAAGCUGGAGCAAGGACUGAUAUACGACUUCCAACCAGACUUGGAGGCUUAACUCCUCUUCAUAUUGCUGCUGCCCUUCUUGGUGAAGAAGGAGUUCAAAUUACAGAAUUACUACUUCAUGCAGCUACAAACCCUGAUACAACAGCAGAAGAUAAGGACGAUAUAUACACACUAGACAGGACAACUGUCAAGAAUGAACUCGCUGAAGCACCAUCAAUGAUUAAGAUGUUUAAUGAAACAGGACCACCCAAAAGCUACUACAAAGAAUGUACCAUUAUUCCAGAGGAAGGUGGGAGGACUGCUCUUCAUAUUGCUUGUGAGAGGACAGAUAAUUUUCAGAAUGCGGGCGAUGUCAUUCAUCUUCUUUUACAGCACAAUGCAAAUCCAAAUGUCCUGUGGAGUGGUCAUUCCCCUCUUUCUCUGGCUGUUGCUACUGGAAAUGACCAGGCAGUGCUUGAGCUUUUGGCUGCUGGAGCUGACCCAAAUAUGCCAUUAAGCCAAGAUAUUGGGAGUGCGCUGUGUGCUGUAACUAACCCUGCAUAUGAACACAAUAGGACAUUAGAAAAUAAGAUGGCUCUGAUCAAUACUCUAAUAGCAGGAGGAGCAGACAUGUUGAUGCCAAUUACUAUUGGGGAUGGGACUAAAAAUGCAGUGGGAACAGUAGUAGACUAUGCAUAUUUCAAGUACUAUCAGGAUAAGAGAAUAUCACGAACUCCAUUCCAUGCUCUGUCCCCAACUGAGCGGGAUACCUUUAGUAAUCGUAAAAAGUUGUUGGAAUUUCUCAGUGAACAACUUCGUGAGUGUGUCAUCUUGAAAGAAAAACAGUGGAACAAAGAGGAACUUAGAAAACUCAAAUUAGCAUCUACUAGAAGAAAAUCUAUAGUUGCAACUGGGGGAGUAUCAGAAAUGGAUACAUCAAGACUGCUUUUCUUCAAAUAUUGCUUUCAGUGUGGUCGAUCAGUUGGUAUGAACCUUUCACCUUGCACACGCUGUUAUGAGAUCUUUACCUGUAGUAAGUCUUGUAAAAUGAAGGCUUGGAAUGAACGCCACAAGCGAGAGUGUUUUCAUGCAGAUGCUUCAUCUACAGUUGCAUCUGAGGAAGUACAACUGCCACCUAUUUUGGACAUGCGACUACGUAGGACUAAUCGGGCAAAAGGCAAAGUAAGUCCUCAAUCAAGAAAGCCAAAGGAGGAAAGCAAAGAUAUAGCAGCAAGAUUUAAAAAGAAGGAUGAGAAAAAGCCAUGGAAAGGUGAUGCAUCACGAGGAAGGAGUCCUGAGAAGAGCAGCAGUCAUGCAGAUCUUCCUUACACUGGGAACUAUAGUUAUAUUUAAAUGCUGUUACUUUGGCCUGAUACUGCUCUACUAUAUUUUGAUGUAGGGAAUGCAAUAUAAGGGAGGAUGGGUAAAAGGAUACUAAAAAAGAACUAAAGAUAUCUUGCAUUCUUUUGUCAGUGCUGAAAACCUCUCACUGUGUUUAAAGUGAUGCCAGGUAACUUCAUUCAAGGAUGUAGUAGUGAAAUGUACUUAUUUUUCCAAAGUGAGUUUGUUUGCAUAAGCACAAAACCAAAACUUUUAAAGAAUACUGAGAUAUAGUGAAGGUUCACCAGAUGUUAAUUGGGAUUCUAUGGUGGCUCUCUUGGAGGUGUAACACAGAAGGCAUUAGAUGGCAAAAAGCCAUUUGUUUUUCAGCCACUGACAUGUGUUCACAAUACUUCAAAAUCUGGUAUAACAUCAUUACACCUGCUUUCUUAGGAUAGUCUGUUCCUGGUUGCCAGUUAAUUUGCUACUCGGUCACCAUAGUGAUAUAGGCUCUGCUUAGCAAUUGAUGGUUCUGAGUGGAACUGUAUUUCCAUGGACCUGGAGUAGCUAUGCUGAUCCAGUCAUUUUGUCAUGAACAGACAUGUAGGAAACAGUUGGGCUGGAACCUUUUUCUCCUGUAGUAUUGGUAGAAAUGUACACAGAGCUGGUCCAAUAAGCUCUUAAGUGCACUCCAUUCCCAGUCUUUAACCCUGUGAGCAUUUUUUGACUUCAGGAUCAAACCCUUGGGAACUGAGGCGGCCACUGGAAGAUUCUGUGGCUCAAAUUCUGCAUUUAAGUUAAUACAUCUGAACUGCUCUUAAGUAGUAAUAUCAUUGGACUCUGUAUUCAGUACCUGUGCAACUGUAUUAGCAACCUGUGCAGGUACAGCUCUGGUGCGGAGAGGUUCUGCAGGUGUUGUACUUGCAGCUGCAAUGAAAAGGCAGCACAGAUCCUCUAGGCUGCAAUUCAUUACUUAGUUGCUGUGCUUCAGGAAACUGAUUUCGGUCUUAGUGUCAUAAUUAUACAAUGAAAUAACAGAAUGUUCAUUUGCAUGGUUUUAUGUCGGUAAUGUUACAGGUUUUUAUGUUGCACAAUUAAAAUUUCUAAAAUACUAGUUCGUUCUUUCAUUCUUAGUAGGGACUAUAAAUAGAAUACGACAAUAUAUUUAUAUUAUAGUGUGAUCCUUUAUGUUUACUCAGGCAUGUGGAGUUUAAUGGGACUUGGUACUAGGUAAAUUUAUAACACACAUAAAACAUUUAGGUAAGUAAGUACUGUUCCAUGUAAAAUAUUUUCCUUCUAGCCCAGUUUCAACCUAGUGACACAGAAGAUUGCAAGUUGCUCAGCCUCAUCGCCCUGAUUACAUUCAGACUGAAUCAAACUUAAAUCCAUGUACUAGAAGUGAACAGUCUAGUACUGUUGAAUUUGGUUGUUGAUCCUGUGGAUGAGUGGAUUUCCUGCUGGUCCGUGCGGAGGCUGCAUCCCGCUUGCCGCUGACCAACGCAGUGACUGGCUGUGCUCCUCCACCUCUUCCUCAGUUGGCACUGUGUUUGCAGGGGGUGUGCUCAUGCUGCUGUGGGGGGGGGGGUCAGGGAGGGCAGGGACAACUCAGUGGGAGCCUGCUAGGAGCCAUGCUGAACCAGUUUCAGUAUUUUGCUCUUUCAUUGGCAUUUUUUGUUGCUCGGUUUCUGGUUGUUUUGGAGAAUUUUCAUAUUUUUGGUACAGUAUACCCCCGUGAAGUCACGGUUCAGCAUUCGCAGCUUCUGUCUUUCGCAGGAUGUUUCUCCGAGCGAGUCCAAGCCGUUCUCCUUGCGAGUAAGCUUGUGCUGUGCAGUGGUUUACUUGCAAGGAGAUCGUUUCCUCCGAGUUUGGACUCGCUUGGAGAAAAUGAUCUCUGUGCGCGCCUGCCCCUGCCUCGCCACAUGUGCGCGCCGGUCCCCCCCGGCCCAUGCCUUCCGCCAACACUGCCUUGGCGGCUGGUGCCCAUUGCCAGCACCCAAUUCGCAGUUUUUCACAAUACGCCGGCGCUUUGGGAAUGUAAUCCUGUGAAUUUUGGGGGACUACUGUAUUGUGUUUGGAAACUAAUGCACAGAAUAUUGUAUUAUGUGUAUGGUGCUUUUUGCUUCUGCUUCCGCAGUCCCUGAGGUGGUUUUCCUUUUUUUGCCAAUUCCCAGCUGUGGAAAGGUUGAAAACCACUGCUGUGAAUGGUUUGCAUAUCCUUCACUACUGUGCAUGUAUGUGAACAAAAAUAUGCUCUUUGUCAUUUAUGAGACAAACAUGAAUAUGGAGAGGCCUUACAUCUGUUCCAUUCUAACACAAGGAAGAUGGGCUAGGGAAUAGAUGCUCCUAGAAGAGGGCCACAUGCCUGGGCAUCCUCUUCCAACCCUGCUCAAACAUUGAUUCAGACUGGGAAAACAGACAGCUUAUUGAUUGGUGCAUGUAUGCUGAAAUUGUGACCUAAAUGAACAUGCUGUGUAUGGAAGCAAGUUACUGGAUGUAGGAGCCUGCUAUAGGUCCCAAAAGAUUUGUGUGUGAAAACCCCCUUUCAUAUAUGGAUAUGUUCCCCCCCCCCCCAAAAAAAAACCCACCCUCAUUUUGUGGAUUGAAAGUGUAUGAGCCGAAAUGGUCACUAUCCAUUGUUCUCUGGGUCAUUAGGAUAAUUAGUUAACUCCGGUUCUGAAAAUACUGAUUUGAAAAUGAGGGUUGUUUCAUACAUGACGACAUGUGUGUUUGUAAUCAUGCUAAAAACCAUUCACUAUGUCAGAAUUCCAUGUAAUAUCUUUAUAUAAUACAAGGCUCUUAACCAUGGUCUAGUCCAUAUAUGUUUGGCCCGUAGUGGUCUGCCAAUGGCAUUACUUUGCAGUGCUGAACAGUACCACAUAUAAACAAAAUGCUUUUCUAAUCCAUUACUAUACAUGAACUUUAGUGUUUGUCAAAUUGAAAUCAGCAAUCAUGAGAAGGUUGAAUCAUAUGAUGUCAGAAAGCUACAUAAUCCAUUGCUAUGAACAGCUGCUUUCCAUAAAGCCAAGUGCUGGCACAUCGGCUGAGUUCAUAUAACUUGAGGUUGAGUGUGGAUUACUGUUGAAGCAUGGAUUGUUGUGUGAACCCAGUCACAAAUGACCCAUGCAGUAAGUGCAUGCUUAUAGAGUAGUGAACUGUAGCUUGUUAGCAUGGCUGGGUUCACACUAACCAAUGGCCCACAGUUCAUUAACAAUCCACACUCAUGAGUGUAAGUGUCAUGUUUUGUGAGCCCAGUUAUUGGGUUGAAUCAGGAAUCUGUCUUCCUCAAAAUGGUUCUGAUCACAAAAUGUCGUUCUUUUUUUUAAAUCUCACCACCCUCAUGCUCAAUUUAGCAGAGCUUCCCAAUGCUCUCCAUCUGUUACAUUUUCAGACAGCUGAAAGAGUUGCCAUGAGAAGAGGAGGAAGGGGAAUCCCAUUUCUGUCAGUACAACUGACUCAACCAAAAUCUUGAUCCACCUCUAUAUGAAGAAAUAAAUGCAUCUUACAGCUACAUUUUCUGUGCCCCACAAAAAAUAUACUUGCAAGAUAAAUAGUUAAGCCUGUAGUCCUGUGCAUACUUAACUGAAAUUAAGUCCCUUUGAAUUUAAUGAGGUUUACUUUUGCACAGUCAUGUGUAAGGUUGCCCAGUAAGUGACUGAUCACUGCCUCCAACUUUAAGCAUUAAAGCUGUAAUUCUAAAUACACUUCCUUGGAACAAGGUCCUACUGAAAUCGGUAAACUCAACAUACUGCCUUUGAGAAGUGACUAGUACUUAUUGAAUGGUCCAGCUGUCUGCCUCUCUCUAUGUUUUGGCACUAUGUCAAAUUAGCAAAUCACUUCUCCGGGCUAUUAUUAUAUAUAGACCGAUGCAUACUAUGUACUGGCAUAUAGGGUUUUCCUGUUCAACACCUAUAAAAGCAGAAAAAAUUCAACAGCACCUUGUUGCAAGUGGCAUUCAUAUAGAUUUAAGUCUCCAGCCUUUUUUAUUUAUAGAAGGAUUCAAAGAACAUAGUUCAACAGUGCAAGAUAGUUACAAGUACCUUGGUAAUCAAAAGAAAUAUAUAAAUGGCCAAAAAUGUCAGUAAUUGAAAUAAAUCUUACUUUUGCAGAUAGAACUGCUUUCUUAAGCCAAGGUGUACUCUGGAUAUAUUUGUACCUUAAUUCUCUAACAAGCCCACCAGAAUACAA